AUGGAAAUGUUCUCAAAACUCGUGAAUAAAGGUGACAAAUCGGAGGGCGUGGCAGCGUUGUUACAGGCGCGCUUACAAAGCCGAGUACGCCGCGGCAAACGACGGGUGAACAAAGCUCACAACCGACGAUAUCACCAAGUAUUCGCGCAAUGUCUCUGUGAUGUGGAUACAAUAAGCGGGGAGCGGAAAGGUGGCUGUAUCGUGGCGCAGAGUGGGAAGGUGUCCUUCGGCUUCACCUCGGCCACCCCGUUUAAUUUGCAUCCCGCAAAAUGCCUCUGCCAGCUUGAUACGACGUCGAAGACCAUGUGGCCGUGCUUUCCAUAUUCAACCUGGAAAGAGAGAUUGUGCGCCGAGUGCGUGCCCAGCUCCGGCCACUGCCCGAUGCGCUUCUACAAGGGCAACGAAAAGUACGAGGACAUCCAGGACAAAGUCGACAUCUGCCUCUGCCACAAGGACUACAACCACUGCAUCCAAAACAACGAAGGAAACGUCAUCCCCGAGAUCGGGCCCGAGGAAGAGAUCUCCUCGCUGAACAUCACCGCCCAGACGCAGAAAGCUUUGGCCAAGGCUGGUGGCCCCAAGGUCACCACCACGACAACUACCGAGGCUCCAGAAGUAAUUGAAGCUAUGGGCUUUGCGGAGCUCACGGAUGAGAUUGCCAUCACCUCCCAGGCCCAGCAGAACAUGAUGUACACCGUGGGCAGUAUGGGCGAUAGCGAGAAGACGACGAUGUCCCAGACCAAGGAUGACUUCAUCUUGCGCUGCUCGUUCAACCAGAAGGAUUGCAACAUUGACGAGGACUUCAAGCUGCACUACGACCAGACCUACGGAAAUUGCUUUACGUUCAACUUCAAUCGAACGAAAAAGCUGGAGGCCCAUCGAGCCGGAGCCAAUUAUGGUCUGAAAGUGAUUUUGUACGCCGACAUUGCCGAGUAUCUACCCACCACCGAAGCCGUCGGUUUCCGGAUCACCGUGCACGACAAGUGGAUCGUCCCUUUCCCCGAUGCUUUUGGCUACAACGCGCCCACCGGGUUCCUGUCGGCAUUUGGUGUCCGCAUGAAAAAGUUCCGACGCCUCGGGCCGCCCUACGGGGACUGCCGAUCCCCAGCCAAGAACGAGAUGAAGGACGACUUUUUCUUGUACCAGAAUUUCAACUAUUCAGUGGAGGCUUGCCACCGGAGUUGCACCCAACAAGAGAUCCUCGGCAAGUGCGGAUGCGCAGACCCCAUGUAUCCGCUGCCCAACAACCCGGGUGUGGAGAACUGCAAGGCUGGCGAUCCAAUGGCAAGGGACUGCAUCAAGAACACCUCGAUCGAGAUUGGUGCCAAGAUUGCGGAGAACGAGCUGAGGAACUGUAUGUGUCACCAGCCUUGCGAGGAAACCAACUACGAGGUGACCUACUCGGCAGCACGAUGGCCAUCCGGGUCGGCCAACGUGAUGGAGUGCGUCUCCGGGGACUCGCUCUGCCUCGAGAAGUACAAGAAAAACGCCGCCAUGGUCCAAGUCUUUUACGAAGAGCUGAAUUACGAGACGAUGGAGGAAUCGCCCCAGUAUUCGCUAACCAGCAUCCUGGCCGACUUGGGUGGUUUGACCGGACUUUGGAUCGGAGCCUCGGUCGUCAGUUUAUUGGAAAUCGGCUCGUUGAUACUGUUCUGCUGCCAGGCUUGGUUCCGGAAACGAAAGGCCAACUCCUCCAACACCCCGUCCGUAAUCGUGCCCGUCCAACAAAGCACCCGACUCUCCGUCCACUCCUCCAGCAUCCCCCGCUCAAAACAAUCCCUAGUCCUCGACGAAGUCCCACCUAUCCUCGAAAUCACACCCAAAUCCUCUACGAGCUCAAUCAUAUCCCAGCCCUCUCGGCCACCCUCCAGAAAAAGCAAGUCCAGCCUACGCUACAUUCCCCCCGACGAAGAGCUGCCCUGUCUGUGCAAGUACAACGAUAUGGGCUUCAUCGUGCAUAUGAAAGCAAUGUGCCCGGUGCAUGGGAUUAAGGAACCUCAUCUCGGAGAUUAUUCUCAUGGAAACCUG